CGCGAUCGUCGCCGUCGGCUCAAUGCAGUUUCGAUCUCCAAGUAGUAGCAUGGCGCGGCUCGCAGCACGCGAAGACGCAUGCAAGCUCCUCGCGCAGAGCCUCAACGAGAAGGCGUCUUACGAUGAACUCAUGGACGAGCACCGCAGCGCAUGCCAGUGCUGGUCCGUCCUCCUCGAGGGCCUGCAUGUGCCCUGCCUCGACCUCCCGCACGCCUUGCAUCAUGGCAAGGGCAGUGCGACAAAGCGCGAGCUACGAGACACGAUGCUCUGGCUCCAUCCCAUGACGCUCCAGCUCUGCUUCUCCAGUGUCCACGAGUACCACGACCGCAUCCCGCGCCUCCCGCUCGCCCAUGUACGCUUCGUCCAAAGCGGCCGCGUCAUCAGCACGUCGACAAAGGCGCCGCCCCUCAUGCCGUACCCGUGCCUCUCGCUCACAACCUACCACGGCGACGUGGUGCACAUUGGCUUUGCCACGUCACAGCUGCGCGACUACGUCGUCGAGAUGCUCAGCGAGAUCGUCCAAGUCGUCGACGUCAUGGCGCGCGUCCAGGACCACGUCGCGCAGCACCUCAAGCGUCGCGACUCGGUCGGAAGCAACAACGCAAUCGCCUCGACCGCGUGGACGCCCCAUGACCUUGAACUAUGGCUGCACGACCGGCAGCUCGCGCCGCUCUACGUGCCGCUGCACGCGCACCUCUCGCUCGCGUUCGAGGUCCAUGGCGACGCGUACGAGCGGUUCCUCUACCUCAGCGACGACUCGAUCCAAGCCAUCAUUGCGAAUGAGAGCAACCAAGAAGGCGCCGCCGUCGCCGAGCUGCGGUGCGCGCUUGGCACGCAGCUGCAGCUCGCGCGGGACGCCAAGGCCAAGCUAACAGCUGCGACCAAUUCCACCAAGCGACGAAAGCCUUCCCUGCGGUGGCCACUGCGCUUUGCAUAAGCGAGCAAUAAGAACCGUGACGAGGUCUGUCGUUGCAGUACAACUCGG